AUUCUGAAUACUUAGUGUCAGGUACAAUUUAUAUAGGACGUCAAGUAUUUACUACCUGAUUGUAUAGUAAUGCGUACCGUUACAAGCCCCGGUCAAAUUCUAUAGAGUUGACAAAUUCGGCUUAAUACCCUCUUUUAAGCAUCAGGGUUCAAAAUUAGGCUCGGUAUGUUUCAACGCACUGCAGGCAGGGAUAUAAUCAGACAACUAUCGCUUUAACUGUAGUUGCAACCUAUAAAGUCUCUCAACAAGCCACGAUACUUUUGCUCGACUCUCUUCAAAACAGAGUGUUUAACUUUGAAAACUGUCACCAUCAUGGUCGCAAUAACAGACACCCUAAUGCUAUCUACGGAUAAGGCUGCAAUGCCGCGCCUUGCAGUGUUGCUUGCCUGUCUUGUGGUUGGAUAUAUGAUGUGGAGCGUCAUAUACAAUCUCUUCUUCAGUCCUCUUCGCAAGGUUCCAGGCCCAAUACUGUGGGCGAUCUCACCCAUUCCCCAAGGCCUUUCGCAAUGUUUCGGGUCACCUCACAUAAAGAUUCGUGAGCUGCAUCAAAAGUAUGGCGAUGUCGUUCGUACGGGGCCCAAGUCAGUCUCUCUACUUAAUCAUGACGCAUGGAGGCAAGUGAUUGGCCAUCGCAAGGCAGGACAGCCGGAAAAUCUGAAGGAGGCUUCCGUCUUCCAAGCAGUCCCCAAUAGCAUUAUCGCCGCCGAUUCCGAGAACCAUAGUCGAAUUCGUCGGGUACUUGCCAAUGGGUUUUCCGCACAAAGCAUGAUCAAGCAAGAAUCUCUGAUCAGCGUUUACAUUGAUCUUUUCUUUGAUCGAUUGAGGGAACACCAUCUUAAGGGCAAGCCUGUUGACGUGGUUAAGUGGUUCAACUAUGUGACAUUCGAUGUUAUUGGCGAUUUGGCGUUUGGGGAGCCCUUUGGCUGCCUGGAAAAUUCGGAUUAUCACAGUUGGGUUGCUAUGAUAUUUCAACAAUUCAAGGAGGUCCAGGUAUUGGCGCAACUGCAAAUAGCUUACCCAACCCUGAGUGCCGCCAUUAGCCCGAUACUUCAAAAGUUUGCCGCGAAGAAGAUCCGAACGCACAAUGAGUUGGUUGAGCUCAAAGUUGCUAAGCGACUUGCUUUACAGUCCGAACGACCUGACUUCAUGGACGCUAUGAUUGCGCCAGGCCCAGAUGGUAAACAGAAAUUAUCUCUCAGAGAACUGCAGGAUAACGCGAGCGUAUUGAUUGUGGCUGGUUCCGAGACGACCGCAACCUCGUUAUGUGGCAUAACGUCCUUGCUAUGUGCAUACCCUGAAGUGCAGACUAAACUUCGCGAAGAGGUCUUGUCGGAAUUUAGCAGCGAGUCUGAAAUCACUCUUCUCAGCGUCCAGAAACUCAAAUACAUGACGGCGGUCAUUGACGAGGGUUUGAGAGUUUAUCCUGCGGCACCCGCUUCCAUGCCACGCCUAAUCCACCAAGGAGGUGCUACAAUCUGCGACACAUAUCUUCCCCAGGGCACUCUCGUGGACAUUUGGCAUUGGUCUAUGUACCACAGCGAAAAUAACUUUACCUUGCCUGAGUCGUUCAUCCCUGAGCGAUGGCUAGGCGACCCACGAUUUGAAAAUGACCACAAGGAUGCGUUCCAACCCUUUUCCGUUGGAGGACGGAACUGCCUGGGCAGAAACCUUGCAUAUGCAGAGAUGAGACUGAUUUUGGCGAGGCUCGUUUGGAACUACGAUCUCUCAUUAGUCAACGAGGCAGAUAGAGACUGGGUUAAGGGCCAGAAGAUGUGGGUUUUGUGGGAUAAGCCAGCAUUGCAAAUACACCUUGAACGUCGGAAGGACCAGUGAAGCAUGCCUGGAUAUCAGUAGCAAGUGCCUCGAUUCUAUGUAAGGGGCACGACUAUUGCUAUUAUUUAACGCUCGGGGAAACAGCUGAUUGUUGCUCCAAACAUAGGCACCUGUCUAACAAUCGAGUCCGAAGACGUAUUGCCAAGGGCGUCUCGAGCUGUGUUGAAAUGAGUAGUCAAGGGACUACUUCCAGGUACAGUAGAUUGUAUCUUAGAUUAGAAUGUAUAUAUAAGAAUCUCUCUCUUGUCAGAUACCCCUUGAUUGAUGUCAUAUGUAUUGUCCCCUGAUACCUCC